CUACUAUCGCCGAUAUGUUGAUGACACAUUUGUUGUUUGCAACGAUAUGGAUCACGCAUCGGCACUAUAUGAUCGCCUAAAUGAGAUACAUCCAAAUAUCAAAUUCACCAUGGAAUAUGAACAUAAUAAUGAGUUCAAUUUCCUGGAUCUAAAUGUAAAAAGAACAAACGAAGGCACGGUCGAAAAGUCCAUCUAUAGAAAAGAAACCUGGACUGGACAAUAUCUUCACUAUAACAGCUUUUGUCCCAUAAGCUAUAAACGUGGAUUAGUGAGGACUUUGUAUGACAGAGCCAGGAAGCUAUGUUCACCAAACAGGGUCGAAGAAGAAUUAGUUUUCGUCGAGAAAUGCCUAAGGGAAAAUGGAUACCCUAAGGGAUUUAUUCAGAAGUACAGCAGAGAAAAAGAUGAGAAAGAAAAGCAUCCAACUGUAGAAAAGAAAAAAGUGUUUAUCUGUCUACCAUACAAAGGAGAUGCAGUGUCACAAAAGAUUGAAAGGUGCAAUAAAUAGAAGCUUCCCGGCAGCAAAACUCAUAACAGUAUACAGCACCACUCCUUCUUUAAUCCACUCAAAACUGGAUAAAUA